UUCUUUGCCUUGGAUAAUGCUACCUACUGUAGCGAUUGUUCCCUCAGUGAGUCCUGUUGUUCAGAUAAAGUCUGUAGACAGAGAUGUUACUAUUGUUCGUACGACUACCAGUGUGGGACGAAAGAGCGACACUGGCGAGCAAUGCUGUAAUAGCAAAUGCAUCAGUAGUUCGAUUUCUUGUUCCUGCACGUAUGACUACCAAUGUGACAUUGGAGAGGAUUGUUGUAGGGGAGUUUGUUCCUCAUACUGUGAUUGGAGCGGAGGAGCUAUUGCAGGCGCCAUUAUCGGUACAAUUAUCUUCUUCGCCAUUAUCAUUUCCAUCGUAUCCUGCUGCUGCUGUGCUUGUUGCCCGUACUACCUCUAUCGUACACCCGGUACUGUGAUCAUCACUGGCGAACAGCCACAACAACAAAUGGUCUCAACUCACACACACAUGACGAAGCAACAAGUACAUGUUCCUCCGUCGGUGAACUACAAUCAGCCUCCUCCAGCUGGUUACAACCCGCCUCCUCAAGGCUUUAAUCAGGCACCUCCGCCUUACCCGGGUUAUCCACCGCCACCAAACCAAUAUCCUCCACCGCCGGGAAAAGCUCAAGCGGCGCCGUUUUAAAGUACGCCGGAAGCGGCUAGAACACGAAAGAAGCGUAAGGAGAAACACGAGACGUAGUCGGCUUGUCGCAUUGCGUGCAAUUGAAUUAGAAACGUCAGGGUCUUGUGAUUUUGCGAGACCUCGUGGUUAAAAAAAUAAUAAAUGAUUGAGUUGUAAAAUAUAGUACUUAACUUUGUGGUGGAAGCAUUUUACGCGAUAAUUCUUUCUGGUCCUUCGAGCCGGAUAACGCUAAUCAUGAUUCAGCUGAAAGGUUAAGGAGCUUGGGCCGCCUGUGCGCCAGUGAUUAUGCUAUUUUGCGAAACGAAACGAAACAAAACCAGGCGAAACUAAAAGAAUAAUGAAGUAUAUUAUCCAAUAUUCAAAAGAUAACUUUCACAAGGAUUUUGAAGUAAACGCUAGUCGUUAAGGAGGAUUUUGAAGUAAAUGUAAGUAGUUAAGGGCAAUUUUAAUUUAUUUAAUUGAAAUUGUAAUUUCAUGCCAGUGAGUCUACCAAAUUCAAGUUAUGUGGAGAAAUGAAUGGGUGAACUUGACAUCAUCAUGCAAAUGGUCGACUUCACAUCAUCAUGCAAAUUGCUAAUCUACCGUACAAAAAGGUCCAAAACAAACAUGGUAAGCAACUGAAUUUCAUGUAUCACUUUGUGUUAGAGCACACAAGAGGACUUGUGAGACCUGCUUCUCUCUCAUUUGCCAGAACAAGAUUGAACUUCUGGUACCAAUCAAAAUUCAGAAUGACCGUGACAGUUUGGAACUGAUCUGUUAAGACUGUGCUUUUAAGGGGUCUACAGAUGUGAUUAGAACCUUGGGUCUCCGAGGAUACCUGAUGGUUAUCUAAUCCACAUCAAUUAGCUCUAACUUUUAACUAUAAAUGUAAAAAAUGCCAGUUCCAUUGAACUGUCUUAAUAAAAACUCAACAAAGUCUAAGCUAAGUUAAUUAAAGUGUACUUUGGUGUUCUAAACAAGCAGAAGUAAAUUUUUCACAAACAACAAAUGUUGAGCUCAUAGCGUGUGUACAGUUUAAAGUAUUUGAAAAAUUUACAGGUGCUUAUCAUAUGAGAAAUCAUGUUAUUAAUUAUCCAUAACGUAUACAUGAAAGAUACACAUUUACAGGAAAUCAACAAACUGAUGGCAGAUAAAUUUUACAGUAUUGACUAAAUGAAGUGCAUGCCAUCAAAAUUUGUCCUUCAGCGGAAUUCUUACUCAGGAAUGUAAUUUUUUAGUGUUUAUCAAUAUACAUAGAAGUAUCCAAGCUCUUGUUUAUUUUUGUCAGCUACUGCAUUUAUCAAUCAGAACCUACUUUGUGUAAAUCUGAUUGGUUUCUAAUGUGAUCUAUUGUUGCUAAGCCUAGUUUAUAUUAUUUUGUACAUGAGUUAUAAAUUUUUCACUAAUGAUAAAUGAAAAAGGCACCUAGCUAGCUAUUUUCAGCCAACCAAAAAGGUGUAAUUUUAUGAAGUAUGAAGAGAGUCUAGAAGACUGCCAAGCUUGAAGGAAGUCAUGAGAUGUUAAGGUCUGAAUAAUUCUGGCCGUAUAACUUGGAAAACAUAUCACUAAUCACAUUUCAGUUAACAUUAAAGCACUAGGCUUCGAUUCAUAUUUUAAUAAAAGCAAAACCACUUCGCUACUGAGUUUCAAUGGAUUACUCCCUAAAGUUUGGAGACAAUCACAAUAGACAUUUAGCACCUUGUUAACGACAAACCGCAGUUUCAGGUUAGGCGUUAGAUGUUUGUGACUUUUAUUGGUUUAGCUAUGUAAACAUGAAAGUAUAAUUUCAUUUAAAGAGGCCGUCAAAUUGAAUUUCCAGACAACAGCAGUGUUUGAUUUUCUAAUGGCAACAAAAAAGUCCUAUUUUCACUACUGGCUAAAAAUGGUUUAUUCUAUUCGUAUUCAAUGACAUGUAAUGCCAUGGGUGGUAAGGUAUUUUGCAGUUUAACCAAAAUUUUAUCUUUGCAUGUACUAAAAAGACUGGUUAAGUAAUUUUCUCACUGAGAAUGUGGUAUAAACAGAAAUUCAGGAUAAAAAAUGUUCCAGUAAAUGACUUAUGUGAAAUGUGCGCAAAGAGAGUCAAUAAUGACUCCUAAGUUUCAAUGUGGUAUGACCUGCACUGAAGGUCCAGACCAUGAAAUGUUGGCCUGUCAGAGCUCAACUCCAUGCUGUAAUCCGCACUUAGAAGACACGUCGACUGUAGGAAAGCCGGCAUGUGAAAUCUAAGCAACAAAGAUGAAUGAAAAACUAGAUUAAAAAACGAUCUUCGACAGCGUGUUACAGCCACCAUUGCAAAAUGGUCGCUUUCUGAAGCUUUGAAGCUUAGGUGACUUAGCCAAGCAUAGACUGAAACCAAUCUUCGACAAUAAUAAACCACGUGACAAGCGAUCUGUUCACUGUGAUAAAUCCAGCUAGGAAUAAGUAUCUUGGAUCAUGACGUAGUGUGGUUUACACCUCAUGUAAACCACGCAAAAACAGGUACAGGAUAAACCAAUAAUUGUAUAAAAACUUAGGAAAAUGCAAGCAUAAAAAACAAAGUUUAUUUCCAACAGAAAGCUUGGGUGAAUACAAUUAUGCGUCUAGUUUCAUUCUGAUAUUGACGUUGGUUUAACAGUCUCUCCACUCUACAUUCUGCUGAUUCAUUUGCAAUUUUUUUUCUUUGAUAAUGAGAUUAGGUUUGGCAACCGCCUUUUUUCUUGAUUCAGAAGAUUCAUUUGCACGUUUCUUUUCCUUGAUCAGACGCUGCUGUGCCAGCCUCUUUUCCCUAGAUUCCUCACUUUCAUUUACCUUUCUUCAUUUCUCAUAUUCAUGUUUAGCAAUCACUCGUUUUUCUUUUUCUUCUGGCGUUUCAGUUAAAGACUUUUACUUCGUUUUCAUAUGUUAUGUUUGGUUUCUUUUAUUUAUGAAAGGCAAAUGUUCAAUUUUUGGACUCUCGUGAGCAUUUUGCAAAUCAAGUUCAUUAUCUCUGACAAAGACACCUUUAAUUUCAAAAGGAACAAACCCUAUUUGUAAGCAGGAAAUGUUCAAAUAUGAUACAAGGUUUUCAAUUCCUUCAAUGGUAAGCAAAGUGAAUUUCCCAAAUGAGUGGGGCAUCCCAUGAAAAUCCCUGGAAUGAGCAUCAUUCAAGCUUUGUUCUGAAUUCUUAAUCACUGCAACAGUAUUUAUUCCAAUCAUUAACAAACAACACUUGUAGUUAAGUUGACAAUUUGAAAACACUUCUGUCAGAGAAUUUUCAAGAGACAUGUAUGGCCCAUUAUUUAUGAACAAACUUCCUGUUAAUGACUCACUAUAUUCUAAUGUGUAUACAUUAUUGUACAUUGAAACAAUGUAUGGAACAUCAGUUAAAAGCAAAUAAUCAUUUGUUUAGACAGAACAUCUUAUAGAAGUAUACAAAUUAUUUCCAUUGGUAAGAAUAUUAUUCAAAAGGGAAGAAGUCCACAAAUUGAUAUCUUCUAUGUAAUGAUAAAUAAUAGCAGUAAGUGACAUUGCAACACAGACACACUCAGUGGUGCAACCCGCACCGAUAGAUCAAGCCGAUAGUUGUUGGCUUGUGAGAGUGCAAGAGCUCCUUUCAGUGUGGUACAGCCCGUACCGAAGAUUCAAGCAGUUAAAUAUUGUCUUUUAAGAACGUACAAGCUCUUGCACAAGCUGCACUUAUAACACAAGCCGGGUCUGGAUGUGUUGGCUUGUGUGAGGGGAACUAACUCGUGAUACGAUCACAUGAAAAAAAUUACUCGAGACCACGCUUACAAUCAAGAUGGCUGACUCAGAUUAGUGCGCCGUACAAUAAUACGAUACUAGACCACGUGACAGGCGCUCGACUCUCGUGUACAAACAAAUAAAGAAAUCCGAUCGUGCCAUAAUGUGGCUAAACACGUUGUGUAAGCCAUACAAAAAAACAAAAAAUACUAAUUUUGCAUCGCCCGGUGCGGCCAAUUUGUUGCUUGGCAGGACAGUUUGUUUGCUCUGUUCUAGAGGGUUAUCCGUGGCAUCUCGUGACCUUCUUUGGUAAAAUGUUAUGGACUUUCUCCUCGUCCCCCUCAACAUCCCCACCUCUCUCCCUCCCCUCCCCCCUAUCACCAUCAAUGCCAUAUAUGAUAAUUGGGAAACCAGUUAACUGCGUCCAAUUUAUCAAAUUAUUAUCUCACAUCGAACAGACGCCUUAAAAACUGUGCAAGGACAAUGGCUUCAAAGAAACUCUUAUGCUUUCUUAUCGUCUAUUUCUUUGCCUUGGGAAGUGCUACCUACUGUAACGACGACAACGAUUGUUUCAAAAGUGAGUCCUGUUGUUCAGAUAAAGUCUGUAGACAGAGAUGUUACUACUGUUCGUACGACUACCAGUGUGGAACGAAUGAGCAAUGCUGUAAUAACAAAUGAACCCGUAGUUCGUCCACUUGUUCCUGUUCUUACGACUACCAGUGUCAAAUUAGCGAGCAGUGCUGUAAUAGCAAAUGCAUCAGUAGUUCGUCUUCUUGUACCUGUUCGUACGACUACCAAUGUGGAUCGAGCAAGAAAUGCUGUAAUGGCAAAUGCAUUAGUAGUUUGUCUUCUUGUUCCUGUUCGUAGGACUACCAAUGUGGAUCGAGCAAGAAGUGCUGUAAUAGCAAAUGCAUUAGUAGUUCGUCUUCUUGUUACUGUACGUACGACUCCGAUUAUGACAUUGGAGAGGAUUGUUGUGGGGGAGUUUGUUCGUCAUCAUACUGUGGUUGGAGUGGCGGAGCUAUUGCAGGCGCUAUUAUCGGCACAAUUAUAUUCUUCGCCAUCAUCAUUUCCAUUGUGUCCUGUCUCUGCUGUGCUUGUUGCCCGUACUACCGCUGUCGUACACCCGGUACUGUGGUCGUCACCGGCCAACAGCCACAACAACAAAUGGUCUCAACUCACACACACUUGACGACGCAACAAGUAUAUGUUCCUCCGUCGGUGAACUACAAUCAGCCUCCUCCAGUUGGUUACAACCUGCCUGCUGAAGGCUUUAGUCAGGCACCUCCGCCUUACCUGAGCUAUCCACCGCCACCAAACCAAUAUCCUCCACCGCCGGGACAAGCU